GACUCUGGAGAGGUGUGAAAAAAGACGACGCCUUCUGGUUAGCGGAACUGAGACCAGACGUCGCCGGUAGACUAAGGCUAUGGUCCUUGAGGGAAGACUCUGGGCAUCCGCGCAAUGGCGGGGCGGGGCUGGCCGACGCGGACUACAUCUCCUAUCAUGCCACGCGCGCUAUAACAGCCCCUCCCCCUAGACGGCGCCCGAGCAUUGUGGGAUUGGAUGAGUCUCAAGAUGGACAACCGGGAUGUUGCAGGAAAGGCAAACCGAUGGUUUGGGGUGGCCCCCCCCAAGUCUGGAAAAAUGAACAUGAACAUUCUUCACCAGGAAGAGCUCAUUGCUCAGAAGAAACGGGAAAUCGAAGCCAAGAUGGAGCAGAAAGCCAAGCAGAACCAGGUGGUCAGCUCGCACCCAGGAGAAAUUGCAAAUGCGCAUGACUCUUCCUCCAUUUCCAACAAGUUCGCCAACGACGGCAGCUUCCUGCAGCAGUUUCUGAAGUUGCAGAAGGCGCAGACCAGCACAGAUGCCCCCCCAAACUCGGCCAGUGCCCCCCAGAGCACACCCGUCCCCAGCACUGUGAGGAGGCCUCUCCUGAUCAGCAAGCGAGCAGGCCUGGGACUGGGUGGCCCACCGGGCCCAGGGAAAACAUACUCACAUGCCAAGCAGCUCCCCGUGGCCACCCGGCCGAGCGUCUUCCAGUCCCCGGAUGACGACGAUGAGGAAGACUAUGAGCAAUGGCUGGAGAUCAAAGUUUCACCCCCAGAGGGAGUCGAGACUCGGAAAGUGAUAGAAAAACUGGCCCGCUUUGUGGCGGAAGGCGGCCCUGAGCUAGAGAAGGUGGCCAUGGAGGACUACAAAGACAACCCCGCCUUCUCGUUUUUGCACGAUAAAAACAGUCGGGAGUUCCUCUACUACAGAAAGAAGGUGGCCGAGAUGAGGAAGGAGGCACAGAAGAUGCAGGCGGCCCCUCAGAAAGUUUCACCCCCAGAGGAUGAAGAGGCCAAGAACCUUGCAGAAAAGUUGGCCAGGUUCAUAGCAGACGGGGGUCCGGAGGUGGAGACCAUCGCCCUCCAGAACAACCGUGAGAACCAGGCUUUCAGCUUUCUGUAUGAACCCAACAGCAAAGGGUACAAGUAUUACCGUCAGAAGCUGGAGGAAUUCCGGAGAGCCAAGGCUGGCCCCAUGGGCACCCCCAUAGCCCUUGACCCUGGCCUGAAGCUCCAGUGCCCCUCUGAGGCUCUGUCAGGGGCUGUGCCCCCUGCAACUACCUGCCUGGCCUCAUCUGCUGUCAUUGUGCCCUCCACCACCCCCAUGCCCACCACUGCCCUGGCCACUGCUCCUGGGAAGCCGGCUGCUGCGACUACUGCAAAGAGGAAGCGGAAGAGCCGGUGGGGGCCUGAGGAGGAUAAAGUAGAGCUCCCGCCCGCCGAGCUGGUGCAAAGGGAUGCAGACGCCGCCCCCUCACCACUGUCAGUUCAGGACCUCAAGGGGCUUGGCUACGAGAAGGGGAAGCCUGUGGGCCUGGUGGGCGUCACAGAGCUGUCAGACGCCCAGAAGAAGCAGCUGAAGGAGCAGCAGGAGAUGCAGCAGAUGUACGACAUGAUCAUGCAGCACAAGCGCGCCAUGCAGGACAUGCAGCUGCUGUGGGAGAAGGCGCUGCAGCAGCACCAGCAUGGUUACGACAGUGACGAGGAGGUGGACAGCGAGCUGGGCACCUGGGAGCACCAGCUGCGGCGCAUGGAGAUGGACAAGACUCGGGAGUGGGCUGAGCAGCUAACCAAGAUGGGCCGGGGCAAGCACUUCAUCGGAGACUUCCUGCCACCGGACGAACUGGAGAAGUUCAUGGAGACCUUCAAGGCCCUGAAGGAGGGCCGUGAGCCCGACUACUCAGAGUACAAGGAGUUCAAGCUGACGGUGGAGAACAUCGGGUACCAGAUGCUGAUGAAGAUGGGAUGGAAGGAGGGCGAAGGCCUGGGCUCCGAGGGUCAGGGCAUCAAGAACCCCGUCAGCAAGGGGACCACCGCCGUGGACGGAGCCGGCUUUGGCAUCGACCGGCCGGCUGAGCUUUCUAAAGAGGAUGAUGAGUAUGAGGCCUUCCGCAAGAGGAUGAUGUUGGCCUACCGGUUCCGGCCCAACCCCCUGAACAACCCCCGACGGCCUUACUACUGAGUAUUCGCCAGUAUUCACACUACUUCCUAAAGGACUGUCCCAGACCCUGGAACGUUCCAGCCUGCGUGUCUGCCCACCCUCCUGUUAUUGCGAGUAUCGUGCUGUGUAUUAAAGCCUUGGUGGGAGCCUGCUACGGAGCCAGGCCUGCCACUCACCACAACCUUCUGUUCGUCAUCCAUAGGGCCGGGCCUGCAGUCCACCCAGACCCUCCUGUUCCUUGGCCAUGACAGCCAGGCCUGUCAAUCACCACCCUCCUGUUCCUCAGCCUGGUCCUGCCUUCUGCCACAACCUUCCUGUUCUUUAGCUGUAGGGCCAGGGCCAGACUGGGGGCAAGCCAGGUGGGAUAUGUUGUGAAGAUUUCCCAGCACCCUAGGAGUCCCGGGCAUGCUAGCAUCAUGUCUGCUUAUGGGGUCUCCACUCCCUAUUCAGCCCUGGCAUAGUUUAUGGGGAGGACGCAGCCCCCUGUCUCUCCUGAAGAGAGGGGACAGAGAAAGGCUGCUUUAGUGUAGUAAACUUGGGUCAUGCUGGGCUCCUUGGGACCUGGCCUUACCUGGGCCAAAACUGGGCCAGGAGGAAUCUGGGGAGGCGCCUGCGGGCAGGGCCCAGCCUCAGACCUGCAGGGCAGGCAGCCUUGGAGGUGGGAACACCCAGUUCACACCUGUUCCCACUGCCCCAUGUCCUCGGGCUCCUCCCAGGAGACCUCAUUCCCUGCACCUGACCCAGGUACCCUCCUGCAGGGCUCCUUCCCUCUGGUAGCCUUGACCCUGUUGCUGAAGGUCUGUGCCCAGUGUGGGCCCCAGAGCAUUUAUUAAACUAUGGUGGACAAGCAGGUCACAGGCUCGUGCCUUUGGUGGGGAGUGUGUCACUGGAUGUGCUGUGUUAACACGGACCGAGGUGAACAAGCAGAGCUUUGCUGAGGGUCACAGGGAAGAUGCCUUUCCACCCCAUGCAGAUAGUGGUCAGGAGGGCUCCUGGGGGAGGGGCCUCAGAGCAGAGGAGAAUCCAGGGUAGGUGGGUGGAGCUGGCUUUUCAAGAUCCAAAAGAAAAACACCCAUGAUUUUAUUCAGCAAGGUCUGAGGGGGCCUAGGAGUCCACAUCCCCAGCUCUGCGAGCCACACUUGGAACAGCAAGACUCAGCCAUCUGUGGGGCCCCGCCUGCCCGCCAGCAGGCCUUGCUCACCCUGCGGAGCCGGAGAUUCCUGCUCAGUCUCAGGGCUCAGAGCUAGGCUUAGCUUCAGGCAGCCUGUGCGCACAUCAGCCACGAGCCAGAGUCUGGUGGGGACGUCGGCAGUGAACUCCCUAAAUGAUCUCUGCGGCCACCCAGUGGUACAAGGAUGGAUCAGAAGGAUGGAUAGGGAGCUGCGGGUGGAGGUGGCCUGAUGAGCAUCUCAGUGACAGGGAGGGGAUAGGGAGGUCUCGAGGAUGGCUGACCUGAGGCUGCGGUAACACUAGUGCCACCCCAUCUCCUGUCCGCAGAUGCUGUUCCUGGAGCAGGGCACCUGAGCCUGGCGCUGCCCAGGGGUCUCAGGCUGGGUCCAGAGCUCACAGACGCAGCUCAGGGUAGCCAUCAAGCAUAGGGCCUGGCAGUACACCUAAUCCGCCUCACCCCCAUCACGUCACCCCGUCACUGGGUGCUGUUCUCAGUGACUGGGAGGCUUGCCAGGCUCUAGCCGUGGACUUUAUUCCCUGGGACAGGGCUGGAGGGUGGGGGAUGGGAUCCGAAUGCCAUGAGGGUGCAGGCCUGGGACACUGCAAGGCCAGGCCCUUCAACAAACAUGCCCUAGUUGUGUGCCCAGGCCCCCAGUCAGCUGGACACGGAGGGAAUGGGGCUGGGGUGGU